AUGCCCUGUGCUGCUGCUGCUGCAUCUGGCUUCCUUCGUUGCUGGGCUGUGAGCCUCUUCCUGCUGCUCAGAGGCGCCCUCAGCAGCAGCAGCAGCGGUCUCCCAGAUGCCGUAGUUGAGAGGCUUGCUGCUACUGUUGCUGUCGCUAGCCGAGACAGCAGCAGCAUCAGCAGCAGCAGCAGCGGCAGCGGCAGCAGCAGCGAUGGCUCUAUCGGUGGCGGCGAUGCAGUCUUUGCGAUCCCCGAGCCGUGGGGGGCUCUCCAGCGCGCUGCGUCCCCUGCUGAUGAGGCAGUUGGAGCUGUGCAUACACCUGAGGUGUUCAGCAACAGAAGAGGUCGCCAUCAAGAGAAGGAAGAGGAAGAAAGGCUAAUAGAAAGGGGCUCCCUCAUACAUGGCAAGUAUCUGCUGCUAGAGCGGCUGCACCCGCUUCUGGGGGCCCCUCUUGCUGAGGAUGCCUACGAAGAAAGGUCCUUGGGGCUGCUGCAGAUAAACCGAGGGUCUGCGGUUGCUGUUGCUGCUGCUGAGGACGAUGCUGCUACGGCUGAUGCUGCUGCAGCUGCCAGCAGCAGCUGCUAUGAGGAGAGCGGCAGCGACCAGUGGCCCACGAGGCGGCGGACCACUGGACCGCGAGCAGCAGAUCCUCUGCCGACAGAUGAGGAGAGCGGCAGCGACCAGUGGCCCACGAGGCGGCGGACCACUGGACCGCGAGCAGCAGAUCCUUUGCGUAUGCUUCCUGGCUGGGGCAUUCAACGACGGCUGCUGCUGCCAGGGACAACAGGAGCAGCUGCUGCUGCAGCAGGAGCAGCACUUGCUGCUGCUGUUGUUUCUGUACGCUCCGACGUUGUCCUCUCCAGGCAGCGACACGCGGGGCCCGAAGGCUUCUGCGUGGAUCCAUUCAUAAUUCUUCGGUCAUUCCCUUUCUGGUUUCAACGCCCCUCACUGCUACCCCCGCAUGCCAGCAGCAGCAGCAGCAGCAGCAGCAGCAGCAGCGACGGGUCCCGCUAUCGCCUCUUCGGGCGGCUCGGUGGUGGUGCAUAUGGAGAGGUGUGGCGCGCUGUGUCCCUCGACAGCGAAGCCCCAUUUGAAGAGGCGGUCCUCAAGCGCAUGCGCUGCGAGGCCUUCGCAACAAAACUAGACGGAGAAGAGCAGCAGCAGCAGCAGCAACAGCAGCAGCUGCUGCUGCACCAGCAGCAGGCAGCGCGGGUACGACGGGGUUUUGCCCGGCUGCUGCUGCGUGGCGCGCCGCACGUGUCGCGUUUUGUUGAGGUCCUCUCUGAUGUCCCCUCAGCUCCUUCUGAUGCAGCUCGAGCAGGCCCAGCAGCAGCAGCAGCAGCUGCUGCUGCUGCUGCAGCUGAGUCUGAAACAGCAGCAGCAGCAGCAGCAGCAGCAGCCUUCUUGCCAGAUAUGCAGGUCGAGGACCUGCAGCAAGCAGCAGCAAGCGCGAGAAGCAGCAGCUGCAACAGCUGGCUGGUAUUUGCUAAUGAAGGCGUCGCCCUGACCUCCCUCUUCUUCGCUGCAGACACAGCAGGAAGCGGCAUGCUCACACCAAAUGCGUUGUGGUGGUACUUGAAGGCCUCGUCGAGUCUUCACCCGCCGCCUCGGCGUGUGCGGCAGUUUGCUGCAGCAGCAGCAGCAGCAGCAACAGCAGGAACCGACGCAGCGUUCCUCCCGCUGCUGCUGCAGCUGCAGCAGAGCCCAAGUGAGCUGCUGCUGUUUAUUCGGUCCGUGCUGCAGCAGCUGCUGCAGGCGCUGCAGGCCGCGCAUUCGACGCACAGAGACGUCAAGCUUGAGAACGUGCUGCUGCAGCCUUCGCUUCCGGUGUCUGUACGUCUCGUUGAUUGGGGGAGUGCUGCAAGCAACGAUGAGAGUUCGCCUGUGGCGCGAGCUCUGAAGGCGCUGUGGGGCGAGGAGGAGCUGUCGGUCUUAGAAGAGUCUGACGGCUACCAGCCGCCUGAGGUUUGGGCUGAGGCUGCAGCACAGGCGGAGCUCGAGGCAUCACAGCAGCAGCAGCAGCAGCAGCAGCAGCAGCAGCAGGAACAGGAGCAACAGCAGCAGCAACAGCAGCAACACCAACAACCACAAGGGCAAGAGUGUAAUGGAGAUUGCGCUGGCGGCACCCACUCCAGCAGCAGCCACAGCAGCAACAGCAACAGCAACAGCAACAACAACAGCAGCAGCAGCAGCAGUGCUGCUGCUGCUCCUGCUGCUGCUGCUGCUCCUGCUGCUCCUGCUGCUGCUGCUGCUGCUGCUGGAGUUGUUGUUGCUGCUGCGGUUGUUGCUGCUGCUGUUGUUUCUGGAGUUGUUGUUGUUGUUGCUGCUGCGGUUGUUGCUGCUGCUAUUGUUGCUGCUGUUGUUAUUGCUGCUUCUACUGUUGCUGCUGCUGUUGUUGCUGUUGCUACUGCUGCUGUUGUGGCGGCUGUUGUUGCUAUUGCUGCUGCUGAUUAUGUAUGCCACUGCUGCUGCUGA